GCCCGCGAUCGAUGGUAGACGGCGGCUCGCCCAAGGCUGUUUGCCCGCUGUGGAACUACCGGGCGAAAGCGGUAUACUUAGUGUAUUAUAACAUCGGAGACCUCAAGAAAACCCAAACACUCCUUUUUUGACCGACGUUUGACAAGAACAGUGUAAGCCUAAUAACUCUCACAUGGGAGGGGAGAUUGUAACCCUACAUAUUGGUCAGGCUGGGGUACAAAUCAGCCAUGCUCUGUGGGAGCUCGUGUGUGUUGAGCACGGAAUCACUUGCAGUGGACAAAAGACAAUCGAACCAAGCGAACUGACGGACUGUGAAACAGGAAGGGAAUAUGUUUUUCGUGAGGUACUUCGUGACAAAUUUGUCCCAAGAGCUUUGCUAGUGGAUUUAGAGCCCUCAGUUAUCGCUCCUGCGCCAGGAUGAGCCGGGUUCAUGAUUAUCACGAAUUGAAACUGCAAGCUGCACGUGGGAUAAUGAUUCAAUGCUUUCUCCAGUUACGAGCACACUGCGCAACCUGAAGUCCCAGAAGACUGACAUCCGAUUUAACUGCAGCGAGCCACCUUUCCAGUUGUCCACCACGGCAACGACACUAACCUGACAAGACGAGGGCAAAACCACAGCCCUAGUGAAGUCAGUGUCUGGUCUGCGGAGGAGGUGACUGAGGCAUGGAAGUCUGAGGCGUUGGAUGUGCGCUGUGAGCUUCGGAAGGCCGUAACAGCGCCUGCGGACUUUGUCAUUGUUGAUAUGCUCAUGCUACUGCGUUUUCAAAAUAAGCCUUAGACACCAAUGGUCGAAAAGUUUUAGCUUCCGGAUGUCUUCGGAUCAUAGCGGCCAUGUUUCGCAAAACUAGAGUAACGUGGCUCGAAUGGUUACUGAAAAUACUCGGAUUUUCGUUUGCAGACUAAUUUCCUUUCUGCAUCACAAUUUGUAUCUCAGUUGUAAGUAGACUGUUCUGGCGCUGUCAAUACGAUUCCGUGUUCCGGAUGUAGCACGGCCAGUGGGGAAAAUAGUGGCUCCAAGUUACUUGACUUCAGGAACAGACUCGAUAAGUUGUCCAUGUAAAGAGAGUGACGGGUCGGACUGGGUGGCUAACGAUUAGUAGGACUUCGUCUUGCUGACGUUAAUUUCGAGGCCGAUUCCAGAGUCUGAUUGAUCGACCGAGUUGAUAGGGACUCAUCAUCAUCUUCAUCAACAACAGUACAUCAACCAUUUACACUGAUGCCUCGCUGCGAUACAACUAUAAAGACCUACGGAAGGAAGAAAAAUAAGUGAUAGCAAAGGGGACUUACAGGAAAAUGGUAAUACCCUAAGCAAACAUUGAGGAUCAAGGCAGCUACAUCUUGACAACAACACACCAUCACGAACAGCUGGCUAUAGUGCAAAGAUAAGGCGGCACCAGCGAGACAACUUUCUUGUGGCUUUCACAGCCCCGCGUCAUAAUCAGCCAUUACCUGGCAGAGAACUCUGCACCAAACACACAUUAAAUACGCAACCCGACUAGGAGAGGACAGCAAACAUGUCACUGAUGUCGACUGAGAGCCAUGUCCUGUAACGUAUGAAGCCAAGCACAAGGGGAAUCAUAUGGACUCCAGCCUGGAAGGCGAGACGGACUGACGGCACCGAGUUUGGUCGUCAUUGACUACAUUUCCCGCUGCCAACUAACUUUUAUCCACCUCGAGCCUUACGCCAUCCUACAUCUGGCAAACGAAACAUGGCUCUCCUAGAUGAAGUCCGUCAGGGGGCCUAUCGUGAGCUAUGGCAUCCCCUCCAGCUCAUCAGCGGUAAGGAGGACGCCGCAAGCAACUUCGCGCGCGGAUAUUACUCUCAAUCUCGUUUUGAAAUGAGUGACGUAAUGGACCGUGUUCGUAUUCUGGUCGAGCAAUGCGACAAUAUGGCUUGUUUCAAACUCCUUUAUUCGGCAAAUGGUGGGACCGGAUCCGGUUUGACCAGCGCGUUGUGCGAACGACUUUCGGAUGAAUAUGGGAAGAAACGAAAAUUUGCCACCACCGUGUAUCCGUCUCCAGGUUACUCUGAACUUAUGGUGGAACCUUAUAAUGCCCUCUUUCAUUCUUCGACCAAUCUUAUGUUCUGUGACUGUGUAGUGAUCACGGACAACGAAGCCAUGUUGAAUGUGGUCGAAGAUGGACUUCGAUUGCAUCAUGCCGGUUUCACAGUGCCCAACAGGGUGAUUGCCAAUGCGAUCACCACACAGUUUUUGUCUCAUCGUUACACAUUCAUUGGGCAACAGCAUUCACAUGUGGACGAAUUGCUCAUCAACUUGAUUCCCUACCCACGAAUCCACUUUCCAAUGAUGGCGUUUGCACCAUUUUUCGGACCGGCAUGCCACGAGUUCGAGCGAAGCAAUGCAGUUGAAUUAGUGCGUUCCGUAUUUGAAGAUAUGAAUCAACUUCUGAGCGUGUCUGCUGUAAGACGAGCUUACAUUUCAUGUGCAUUACUAUUUCGAGGAGCCAUAACCCCCAUUGAAGCCAUCAAUGCGGUAUCUGUAAUUAAAGCAGACCGUCUCAGCCGGGCCCGAUUCGUCGACUGGUGUCCAACGGGGUUCAAGAUUGGUGUCAACUUUGCUCCGCCAAUUCAGGCAACAGAGCAUAAUACUGUGGCGCUCAAAAAUACGAGCCUCAGCAUGAUUGCAGGUAAUCUUUCUAUUCGUGAUGUAUGGACAGGCAUUAGCAAACGAUUCGAUCAGUUGUACGAGAAACGUGCCUACGUCCACUGGUAUGUGGCUGAGGGUAUGGAAGAAGGAGAGUUCGCCUUGGCCCGCGAUGUUAUUCAGCAGUUGGUGGAAGAUUACGAAGCCAUUGCCAAGGACGCAGAAGGGGCAGUGUACGAUUCCUCUAUGAAUCAUUCGCAGGAUCAGCUCUCUAGAUCAGUCGUUCGCACUUUGCCCAGCGCGAAACGUGGUUCACUGAAUAGAAACGACAUGAUUGUCAACCAGGCAACAACCUUAGAUGAUCCCAACAGCCUCCAUACUUUGGAGAAUAACGAGGACAAUAUGUCGUUUGAUACAAAUCAACAUCAUUCGCAAUCCCUAAAUGCGAGUAUUGCUCAUCGUACUCGACUGCGGGCUCUUGAUGGGAACGGCAUCCGCAAUGAGUGGGGAACAAGUGGGGUUUCCGGACGUGGUAGCACACUUGUUCGACUCCAUCCAACCCGAAGAAGACGGCUGCAUUUUCCUUUGGGCGCAUACCAGACGCCAACUAGUAGUGGUUACAGGGCAGAAAUGGCGCAACACAGCUCAAACGCUCUGUUGGACACCGCUGACUUUGUUCCGGUAUACGGCACUAACUGCUCCGCAGCUGUUGGGCAACGCAAUCCUGAUAUGCCAUGCGAUUCGUCGACGCACCAAAAGCCAUCAGUGAAACUUGAUCGUGUAGCCUCAUUAACCAAGUACAACGUAUCAACUCGACCUCCGGAUCAUGGAUGCUUAUCUGUAAACCGGCCUGCUUCAACUGUUCGGUCGGCUCAUUAUCCAAGGGAGUCAUCAGGAAUUCCCCGUUUCAUCGGCCACGGUUAUGUCAGAGAUGUGUUCAGGAAGAUAUCUGAGGUUAACCAAUUAAACUGCAACGGUGAUAACUGGAAUUGCCACUCGACCGAAGAUGUUACACCGGCUGCCCUGGCUUAUCUGGCUAGUGAGCGUAAAGAAACUGAGCUUAUAGGUCCAACUCAAACUCCUGACCAACAGGUGUAUCAAAAUAGAAAUGAACUCAGUAGAUCCGAUGGGACGGAUAACUUAACAGAUUGUCUCUCUCAAUCCACCAACCAUAUGUCCCUCAUGACAAAUGAUCCAGCAAACCGAGUCAAACAUUCGCAUUGUGCUCUAGAGCAUCAGGAUACAAUACAUCAUACGCUUCACCACGCCAACAGUUUGGAUGGCAUACCAGAUGUGAAAAAUGUUUCCGAACCAACCGAAGAUGCGUGCAUCGUCUAUCCAUCGGGAUCGAAUGUACAAAAAUCAACCAGCCCGGAAACACCUCUGGGAGUCACUCCACUUGUAUCCACCUUUGGGGCGACAUCCCCACCGAGUGAGUGCAUGUCAGGGAUCAGUUGUCCUCAUUCAUGCGAUACAACAGAAACACGCCAACCCACUUGUUGUAUACACAAACAUCAGCGACAUAGAUGUCAUCGGAGUAGUCGGCACAAAACCAAUCAUUGCGAAGCUAGGAAAAUUCGCAAGCGCACCAGAAGACUUUGUGACUGUGACUAUGAAGGUGAGCCAGAUGCGCAUGUAUUGCAUAACAAUUCCGAAGGCAUCCACCAAUCAGGCUCCUCCAGAACAAGACCAAGUAGUUCCCACACCCCGCUUGACCAAAUCCACCCGAGCUGUACUCUUGACACGCAAGAAUCCCGUCCCAGUGUGCAGCAGGCCACCAUUUCAGGCAUCGGGGGAGUGAAGUACGAGGCUCAGUCAGGUACCCUAGAGGAAUCUGAUAAAUCCCACCUGAGUGGUCUACCUUUUGCACCAAGUCCUUCCGUUAAGCCAAUUGUAUCGAACCGGAGCACUGUCGGUGAAUACCAGGGUGAUCGAUUUCAUUCUCUAGUACCGGCUAUUUUAUUGACCAACAAUACAGAACCAAAGCCUAUUACUCGAAACUCCGAAUCGGAACAGGCAAAUGCAACGAGCUCUCAGUUUUCCUCAAACAACUUAAACCAAGCAGCUUGUACAGGACAGUUUCGAUCGACCGCCGUCAUAAAUCUACGAAACCCCGGCGAUCUAGUUCAUAGGGAGCUCAGUCGGCCACUCAGCCGUCUUUGAAAAUUUUCACGAAGACACCACAACUGGCGCUCAAUACCACCUCUACUCUGUGCGAAUCUAGGUCUGGAAAUCAUUGAACGUUGAGCAUUACGCACGGAUGAUGGUAAUGGUCGUCUUGAAAGCUGAGUGGAAUGGUUGCCUGUUGAUAUCCCCGUUGUUUAAACACAAAAACGCAGACCGUAGUUCCUGUGACUGUAGGACAUGUGCACUUUUAGGGGAUGCGCGAUCAGCAUCCGGGUGCUUGAGGUACCAAGAACUUCAAGCGUACCUUGCCCAUUCAUCAUGCUGCUGUACGCGACGGACAGUAUAAAUAAACAUGGGAGUUACAGUGGUGCUUUUUACCUCCACUGCGACCGCAGUUACUAGAUGUUCAUGAGUUUCAGACACAAACGGUGCAAUAAAAGUUCCCAGAUCUCCUGUUAUGUAACAUAAACUCUAUACAUAAAACUGAGGUUAGUUGUACAUAGUGUAGGUUAAGAAAAGUCAUUUCAAUUACUGGCAACCGCGAAGCCGGAGUUUAUUUGCAAUCACUAUCGAUGGCCGAUUGACCGUAGAAGGCUUAAUUGUCAGGCUCAUGUUCAGUAUGCUUGCCCAAGACUUCUGAGUCGCUGAUAUUAAGGUAGCUACAAUGCAGAAGUAGAGCGUUAAACACAAGCUGGACCACGGGCUUAUCGCAAAUUUGCAGCUUAAGCGAGUUUUACGCCGUACCUAUAUUCAUUUAAUCCCAUCAUUACGCGAAAACCGGGUACGUUG